CAGAGGAGCCACGAAGUCGGAGUGUACACGAGUCGGUCUUUAGAAUAAAGACAAAUCUACAAAAGAAAAUGAACCCAAAUAUCUUCGUUUGCUGUUUAUGUCUGCAGUUACUGCUUUAUUGUAUAUAUGCCAAACCCCUUUCUGACCUCCAGAGUUUGAAGCAGCUUUUGGAGGAGGAGAUCAACACCGCACCCUUUUACUCCUCAAUGGAGAUGGAAGUGGAGGGGAAGGAUCUGAGCUCUCCAGAGGAGCAGCGGUGGGAAUUCUCUGAUCCCCGCAACUCCGCAUUGGAGAGCAAAGACAACGCCUUUGCCCGUCUCUUUAAGGACCUGCUGAGGACCUCCAAGCGGUCGUGGAGCCGCUACAAGAAGGGCGGACUGAGGAGCUGCUUCGGGGUUCGGUUAGAGAGGAUAGGCUCCUUCAGUGGACUGGGAUGCUAGGCGUGCAUCAUUCUCUUCACCGGAGCUACACAGAAAUCCUGGCAGUUUAAAGAGUCUUCAGUCUUGUCCAUAUUUAGAAAUGUGAUGUUUGAGCGGUUAAAUAAAAAAAUAUUGUAAAUGUAUUCAUUAUUUAUUGCUAUCUUGUUGGAUAAGUAGAUUUAUCUUGUAACGGAUUGCGUCGUAGUAGUUUUUUUUCUUUCUUUUUUUCUUUUUUUUAAUUUUUGCAUAAUAGCCGUGUCUGGGACUGAAUUUGUUUCUUUCUGGCUCCUCAUUACGUUCCAUUUUUCCAGAGCCAAUAUUGUUAUAGCAUUUUAAAUAAAUAGGUGUGCUAGAUCUGGAA